GACAGGGGAGCAUUUGGGCAGCAGCCCUGAGCAUCCCCUGACAGCUGGGGGUAGGGAACCCUCAUCCCAUAGCCCAGGGUGUGUGAGGAUCAGGUUGACAUGGAGGGACCCUGUGGGGAAGGCUUUGAGAGACGAAAGACCCCUGACUCUCUCACUUGGAAGGGGAGUUUAGGAAGGCUGCAGGGCCCAGGCUCCUUCCGUGUGCACAGCUGCCUCAGAGGACACGCCAUGUCCCCCACCCUCACAGCCCUGCUCUGCCUGGGGCUGAGUGUGGGACCCAGGACUCACGUGCAGGCAGGAACCCUCCCCAAACCCACCCUCUGGGCUGAGCCAGGCCCUGUGGUCCUCUGGGGGAGCCCUGUGACUCUCUGGUGUCAGGGGACUCUGGGGACUCAGAGCUGCAGUCUCUAUAAAGAUGGAAGCUCAUAUCCCUGGAAAAUACUGAGGCCAUGGGAGCCCGGAGAUAAGACCAAGUUCUCCAUCACCAAUGUGCAAGAUCUCCAUGCAGGCAGAUACCUCUGUUACUGUGUCAGCCCCGCUGGCCGGUCAGAGCCCAGUGACCCCCUGGAGCUGGUGGUGGUGGCAGGAUCCUACAGAAAACCCUCCCUGUCAGCCUUGUCGAGCCCUGUGGUGAGCCCAGGAGGGACCGUGACCCUCCAGUGUGCCUCAGGGCAGGGAUUUGACAGGAUGGUUCUGACUCAGCAAGGAGAAGACACGUCCCCCUGGAGCCUGGACACACAGCCACACCCCAGUGGGCAGGUCCAGGCCCUGUUCCCUGUGGGCCCCAUGAGCCCCAACCACAGGGGGACAUUCAGAUGCCAUGGCUAUUACAGUGACUGGCCCCAGGUGUGGUCACCCCCCAGUGGGCCCCUGCAGCUCCUGGUCCCAGGGGCAUCUGGGAAGCCCUCCCUGCUGAGCCUGCAGGGCCCUGUCGUGGCCAUUGGAGAGAUGCUGACCCUCCAGUGUGGCUCUGCUGUGGGCUAUGACAGAUUCGCUCUGUCCCAGGAGGGCACCCGCCUCUCCCAGCUCCCUGGCCAGCAGACCCAGGCCGGGCUCUCUCAGGCCGAGUUCUCCCUGGGCCCUGUGAGAACCUCCCACAGAGGCCGGUACCAGUGCUAUGGGGGUCACAGCCACUCCCCUCUGUGGUCAGCACCCAGCAGCCCCCUGGACAUCCUGGUGGCAGGACAGCUGGCUGACACCCCCUCCCUCUCGGUGCAGCCGGGCCCCUCUGUGGCCCCAGGAGAGAAGGUGACCCUGCGCUGUCAGUCACAGAGCCCCAGGGACUCUUUCCUUCUGUCAAAGGAGGGGGCGCUCCUGCCCCCCCAGCGUCUGAGGUCAGAGUCCCGAGCUCAGGGGUUCCAGGCUGAGUUCUCCUUCCAGCCUGUGACCACAGCCCAUGGGGGCACCUACAGGUGCUACAGCUCCAGUGACAGUGACCCCCACCUGCUGUCUGAGCCCAGUGCCCCCCUGCAGCUCCUAGUCUCAGCUCCUGCCCAAGGUCACCGAUGGGACAGGAACAUUCUGAUCGGCGUCUUGGUGGCCCUGGAAGCACUGCUCUCCCUCCUCCUCCUCUCCCUUUUCCUGAGACGCAGUUGUCGGGGUGCACACAGGAAGGCCGGGGCUGCUGGCCCAGAGCCACAGGACAGAGGCCUGCAGACCAGUGCUGUGGCCGCCCCCCAGGAAGACACCCUGAGUGAGAGGAAGAGGAGGAGCAGCCAGGGGGACAGAGAUGCUGCAGAGACAGAGACGCGGCCUGAGGAGGGGGUAGAGCUGGACCUUCUGCCCAGGGGGGACGAAGACCCCCAGGAAGCCACCUAUGCCCAGGUGAACCAGGAAGGACUCAGCUGGAGAGCAGCCACCACUGCUUCCCCACCAACAGGCAGGGACAGACAGGACAGAGCCAAAGAAGGGGACAGACAGGCUGCUGCCUCCACAGUCCUCCAGGAAGUGACCUACGCCCAGCUGACCCUCAGGCAGGGGACGGCACCCCCUUCCUCCUGGUCAGAAGAGCCCCCCGAGGAGCCCAGCCUGUACGCUGCUCUGGCCACCCACUAGCGCAGGGGGCUAGACUACAGGGACCCCAGAAGUCACAGAGCCUUCUCUCCCCACCUGAACACUCCCCACCUGGACACAGUCAGCGAGGACUCCCAGGCUCCUGGGGGUGGGGCAUCUCCCAACUCUCAACUCUACCUGCCAAGAGAACAAUAAUAAACAUAAAUAUAAUAUAUAUAAAUAUAAUAAAGCAGCUGGUUUCUUAACAAUCAAGGUGUGAAGUGACAGCCAGAACAGGAGUGAGUGUGUCAGACACAGGACUGCAGGCAGCGUGCAGCUAACCUCAGCCCACGACAGCUCACCGCGGGGAAAGUCAAGAAGUAGGGAGUCUGCAACAUCAGGAUCUUGGAGAGAACUGCAAACCAGCUGAGAGUGAUCAGAAGGGAAGAUGCACAUUCUAGAGACAUGGGUCUCAGGGUCAGACAGCUGCUGGGGCCAAGCAGGAACACAGAGCCUCGCAUCUCUGCUGUCGGAUACUCACACACCCUGGAGGGUAAAGAGACUGAUUCAUUAUCGGGCAGGGGGUGGACAGCAUAGUGGUUAUGCAAGAGACUCUCAUGCCUGAGACUCCAAAGUCUGAGGUUCAAUCCCUUCACACCACUAUAAACCAGAGCUGAGCAGUGCUCUGGGGGGAAAAAAAGAUAAAUAAAAAAUAUAUAUGAAAGAGAGAGAUUCAUGAAUGAGUCUAUACCAGGAGGCGAGAGAAUGCAGAUUACAUUGACAACAUCAGCAAAAAUAAAUCUGAAUUCUCCUCUCUACUCAAUAUGCUGAAUCUUGACAUCUAGGAAUAAAUUAACAAAGAAGAAAAAAGUCUUGCAGAGACAGAGAACCUGGCACCGAGCCCACCAGCCACCUGCCCGGCUGCUGUCUGUCUGCUGUGGACGGACCGUCAUGCAUCUUGCGCGAGAGUCUCUGGGUUCUGCCUGUGUGACAUUCGCUGAGCUUCCUGAAAUCGUGCCUCAGUGAGCUUGGGGAGCACAGCACGUCUUUCCACUUCCGUGUAUCCUCUCUUGCCUUUCUCAGGGUGAUUAAAGUGUUCC